AUUCUCUCAUUGCUACUCUCGGUGUCAACUUCCUGCACGUGGGUUAAGACUUGUUUUUGCAGAAACGUGUGUUACAAUUUUGAUUGGAGGCGUGUGGUAACUUUUUCUGACGGGAAAAUGAGAAAUCAGUAGACGAGUGUUCUUGGAUAAAGCAGGAUGGCCUUCACAGCUGCGCAGCUAAACACACUACUUAAAGACAGCUCUUGGACUGCACUGAGGCUAUUUUUUCCUGUUUACUGCAGUAGACUUUUAUACAGAACAAAAGUAUUUUCUGCCAUUCAAGGACAAGAACAAACAAAUUCAACAGGUGCAAGUGGGAAUAAAGAUGUCUCCGAAAAUAAAAAUAAUGAGAUGCAAACCCACAAGAACACUGGAAAGCACAACCGAGGAAAUCCGAAUGACUCGGUUAAGGAUAAAAUGUGGUCUAGGAAACUGAACAGGUCAAAGUUGCCUUCACACAGCAACCGCAAAUCUGAAUUUGAUAACUUGAGAAAUGAUGAUUUUCCUGAAAGAAAACAAAAAACAAAAGAACACUCAAAACAUGUAGUGGUUGGUAAGAAUUCGGAGGUUUUAUUUGGGAUUGCUCCCUGCUAUUUGGCUCUGACCCAGCGUAAGAGACAGUAUUUUAAUGUAUUUAUUAAGGAAUCGCGCAGUCAUCUGAGACCUGAAAUGCAGAACAUGCUUCAGCAGGCUGUUGGCUACGGAGUACCAGUGCACCAUGUAUCGGGACGAGUCUUGGAUAAUCUCUGUGAGAGACGAGUCCAUCAAGGGGUUUGUUUAGAAGUGAGUCCUCGGACAUACAUCAACUGCAACUUAGAUGAAGGCCCAGAUUUAACAGAGUUGAAUGGAAGCCAGUUGUGGCUUGCACUUGAAGCAGUUCAGGACCCAAUGAAUCUUGGUGCUGUCCUCCGUUCUGCCUAUUUUCUUGGAACUGAUAGAGUUGUGGUGACACAGUCCAACAGUUGUCCAUUGAGCCCAGUAGUGAGUAAAGCCAGUGCUGGGACUAUGGAGAUUUUAGAUGUAUACAGCACUGAAAGCCUGCCUGACCUGAUAAAGACUAAAAAAGAGCAAGGUUGGCAAGUUGUAGGAACAGUUGGCAAAACUUUGGAGGAAUGUGAAGUACCCAUCAUUCCUUGCACAACUUUUCGAUUGACCAAAUCUACCAUCCUUGUAUUGGGAAAUGAAGGAACUGGUCUUUCACGUGAUGUAACCAAUUUGUGCCAUGCACUUGUUGCCAUUCAACCAGCUAGAGAACUGCAUCCUGGAAUAGAGUGCCUAAAUGUUUCUGUUGCAGCUGGCAUUCUGUUGCAUAGUCUAAAAAUGGCAAAUGGCUGAAUUUGUCAUCAUUUCAUCAUGUCUCCUUUGGAGCAGACUGAUGUGUAUGUACCACUGGAUAUGUCUCAUUCAGGAUCAAGAUGAUGAUGAUAUGAGUGACCAGCUUUCAUUAAGGAUCACCGACUGUGCAGUGCUUUGGUAGUAUCAUACCAGUGUAGAUAGGAGGAAAAGGAGUUUAUGGUGAAUGUUUUUUGCAGUAGUUUGUUUGGCAAGACCCAUUGUGCUGCUAGAAGGCUUACAAGUAAGGCAUCAUCAUGCUUAAAUUAUUAGAUUUCUUUUUCUGAUUUUAAUCAUUCCAGGAGUGCAUUUUUGUGUCCUAAAAGUAAAGCUACCAUGUGAAAAUGGAAGCUAAAACCACUGCAUCUGUACUUGUCAUAUUGUGAACUUCACUCUUUCCUCAAAAUUAAAAGUUAGAAAUCCUUUAAAGUCUAAAUCAUUCUAGUGAUAGAACAAGGCAAAAGUGGCAUUACUGUCUAGAGUGAAAACAUUUAUUUACUGUGGAAUUUAUUUCAGCAGUUAUUAAGUGUGUGAUGAGCUGCACUGGUGUAGGUUUCAACAAUUGUUUCACACAAGCUGCUUUUUGCGAUGUUCUCUUGUGGAUUUAUGCAACCUUACAUGAGGGAUAUGAAAAGCUGUCGUACUGUAAACUUUGAGGCAUUUUAGUCUGCUGAAACAGCAGUACCUUCUGUGACAGUAAGGACAGUAGAAGAAUUCUUAGAGUAAAUCACUGUGUUCAAUCAAUGCUCCCGACGGACAAAAAUAAUAAAAUGCUAGCUGUCAGACACUGAAA